CGUCCCCCCCUCUCUCCCCCCCCCCCUCCCCUUGGGCCUCUCCACGCACACACCCACACACACUCGCCAGUAUGUCCACCGGAAGCAUGUCUCCAGAGCCGAAUGCCGGCUCCCUGCCCGAUGUGGCUGCCGAGAAGCGCAUCAACGACGAGUACAAGACUUGGAAGAAGAACACCCCCUUCCUGUAUGACAUGGUCAUCAUGAAGGCCCUCAGCUGGCCCUCACUGACCAUUGAGUGGCUGCCGGAGAUGACCGAGGGCCCCAACGAGACCAUCCACCGGAUGAUCCUCGGCACGCACACCGACCCGGAGUCCGCUUCGGAGAACAUGCUGAUGAUUGCCCAGCUGGAGCUGCCCUCGGUUGAGGUGUCCCCCAACGACCCGACGGUCUUCCAGUUCCGCCGCCAGGAGUCCGGUGCCGAGCCCCGUCGCACCAAGAUCACCAUCGAGCAGUGCAUUCCCCAUGAGGGGGAGAUCAACCGCGCGCGGUACAUGCCGCAGAACCCGAACAUGAUCGCCACCAAGACCAUCUCCGGACAGGUGCACCUGUUUGACACGACAAAGUUCGCGGCGCGCGACGACACCAAGGGGCCCACCAUGCGUCUGACCGGGCACUCGAAGGAGGGCUACGGUCUCUCGUGGAACCGCAACCAGUCGGGCCUGCUGCUUUCCUCGGCGGAUGACAAGCUCAUCUGUCUGUGGGAUGUGGCGGCAGCCGCCGAGGCCGGGCCCGAGGGUGCCGGCUCGCUGGCGCCUCUCUUCACCUUCGAGGGGCAUACCAAGGAGGUGGGCGAGGUGGCGUGGCACAACGUCCAGGCGCACCUGUUCGGCUCGGUGGGCGACGACCGGACCCUUCGGCUGUGGGACAGCCGGACCCGCAAGAAUACUCUGACCGUGACGGCCCACGAUGACUGCGUCAACUCCCUUUCCUUUAAUCCCUUCUCCGAGCACCUCCUGGCCACCGGCUCCAGCGACCAGAGCGUUGCCCUGUGGGACAUGCGCAACCUCAAGCAGAAGCUCCACUCCUGCGAGUACCCCUCGGGGGAGGUGCUGCAGGUGGCCUGGUCGCCGCAUUACGAGACCAUCCUGGCCUCGGCGGCGCACGACCGCCGUGUGCACAUCUGGGACAUGUCGCGCAUCGGCGAGGAGCAGACCUCCGAGGAGGCGAACGAUGGCCCGCCGGAGCUGAUGUUCAUCCACGGUGGGCACACCAACCGCGUGUCGGACAUCUCCUGGAACCCGAACAUCCCGAUGAUGAUGGCCUCCACCGCCGACGACAAUGUCAUCCAGUGCUGGCAGAUGUCCUCGAGCAUCUACCUUGACGACGACCAGAUGGACAUCGACGAGGCGGAGCUCGAGCGUCGCUGAAGGCGCAUAUGGCCACACCCCCAACCGCCAAUCCGGCCACCGGGGACUCAUCACCAUGAAACGCCGAUAAGGCGGGCCUAUGCAGUACGUGGCAUCGCCUGUGGCCCUGCCCUACUGGCCAAAUAAAAGCACAAAUGUCCC